AUGGCGGAACAGUUUUCGGCUUCGACCGCUUUUACGAACAUGAACAACAACACGGACGGAUGGGGUGAUGAUUGGGGCGAUUGGAAUGACAACGCCGCUACGAACGUGGAUACGGCAAUGUCUAAGACAAUUGGUAACGUGCAAGCAACACCGAACGCACCUCCCAAUGCAUACUUCCAACAGCAGCAGCAGCCUCAACAACAUCUCCAAACACAAUAUCAACCACAGCACAUGAAUCCAACCCCAGCAGGAACAACGUAUUUGAACAGUGGAGCAAACCGAAUGGAUCAACACAAUCACAACUAUUUGCCAAACUUUGCGCAAGGUCCUGGUGGAUAUCAGCAGCAGAUGAUGGCGCCUAGUACGGCUAACCAAUAUCCUACCACGAAUUAUGCACCACCACAACCGGCGUAUGGACAGACCAAUAACUUCUUCAACGCACCAUCCUCACACUCGGUUUCUGCAUCACAGCGGCCAUCCUCGCAUCCACCAGCUUCGACAACGCCCCAGCUAGUGCCGACCUUCAGCCAGACCAUUUCCGAUAGCUUCGACACAACGGCGGGCAACAGCUGGAACUGGACCGUGCCGGAACCAUUAAACCAUGCGCAUCCAAGUAUCUCUAAAGUACAGACGGACGAAAGUGUCGCGCCAAAACAAUUACCGCAACAACCUCCAGCACCGCAGCUACAGCAGCAGUAUGAGGACUUCCCGCAACCGGGCCACAUACUUCCAGCAAACGCUCAAAUGCAACGCCUGAAGGCGGAAACACUUUCGCCGCAGUGGUCAAUCGAAAGUCAAGUGUCGUCUGGCGAUCGUUCACUGGAGAGUGAUCCUAGUGGUGAUAAUAGAGGCACAUCCCAGCCCAACACAGGUAUGCCCUCGGACGAGGAUACAUCCUAUGCCACACCUUUUCCACCGUCGUCCGCCGCACCCUCGCUGGAUGGUGUUCCUGACAAGCUGGAUGAAGUUUUGGAAGCUUUAAGCAUUAAACAGGAAGCAAUGGAAAGCGUUGGUGGGCACAGUAACCUCGAAAGCAAUUACCGUGGCGAGCAAACGUUUCCCCCGCCUCCACCUUCAAUCGUCGGAACUGCGUCUGCUGGACCGCUGGUGAAUGAAUCGCUAACGCAUGCCUCUAAAACGUCAUCCACCACACCACCCUUGCCACCACCCCCGAUCGAUAAUCCGACGAUGGCAUCUUUGUCAGCUGGUGGAGGACCACCGCCAUCCAUGUCCGGACCACCUAUGGCCAGUGGACCACCACCGAAAGCAAUGCAAAUUGCCAGCUCGAACCCGUUCAAGCGAACCGGACCACGGUCUCAUACAGCCACACCAGGAUUGGGUGUUGGGGGACCAUCUACUGCGUCGAUCGUACCCCCUUCGAAUGCGUCGAUCGCACCACCUUCGACGAAUGCCGGUGGAACGUUCUUUUAUCAGCAACAGACACAACAUCCCGCUUUACUGCAACCAGCGCCCGUAGAGGAAGUGCACGGUAACAAUAUCGAAACAUUAACACCCGAAAAUCAGGAAAUUCUCGUCGAAACACGCAGCGAGCAAUCGAUGGAAAAUCAAGAAAUUGCUCCCAACAACGAUCGAAAUCAGUACCUCCAAACGGGCCACCUGUCGGAGGAUGGUUACGGAGCAGAGACACCAUCCGCCACUGUUAGCUCGCGUGCUGCUCUUCAAGUGGUCAGUGGAUCUGAGAUGGGUGCUAGUCACGGUGACGCUAACGAUAGUCGUCUUCCUCCGCCGGGUCUGUCUCGAUACGUCCCGGGCCAGAACGAACAGCAACCGGAACCGUUUGUGCAAUCGGCCGUUGGACAAAACUUUCCGGAACCACCACCCGGGCUGGACCGUAUGGUGCCCGGUAUGGAUCUGCAGAACGUGUCGGAUCUUUCGCUCGAGCGUCAGGCAGAUGGUGAGGUAUCGGAUAGUACCCCAGCUCCGGUAAUUAUGCCAACGGUUGCAAUGAGCGCCAGGAACGAUCAUCUGCAUCACCACCAUAAUCAUCACGGUCACCAUCAUCACGACCGGCGUGUCGAUAUGAGCGAUCGUAACCUUUAUCGUGUUCCCGGUGAGGAUGACAAUCACAAUCAUCAUAACCAACAACGGGUAGUACCAGGUGGAGGGUUAGAAAAUGAGCGCCCCGUGCCUGCACCCUCGUCCGUGCCGAGCGCUGGUGCAAUAUCGGCUAUUCCGGGAGCGUCGAGCUCGGCGGGAUUAAUAAACGCUGUAGCGACGCUUGACAUGCCUGAGGAGCAGCGGGAGUUAGUAAUGGACGGUGAAAAUCCGGAUGAUCAACGGGAGGAUUCAUUGGUGGGAGGAAACUCCGUACCGGUAAUGUCUGCGGCCGGUUCCGGUUCAAGCGCUGCCGGUGCUAGUGGUGUACCUAUUGCCCUGGAGACGGAGUCAAAUGUUACUGUCGACACGUCCCGCAUGGAACCGUCGAACACGUCGACAGCGGACGACAGCGAUAAGGGUGGUUUUUACGGACCCGGAACUAGUUCGAAGGGUGCCGGUCGUCGAGAGGACGACAAUCUUCGACGAUCGAACAAAAGCAAAAGUUCGCGCGAUCGUUACGAUACGGAAGAUUCCGAUUACAGCGAACAUGAGCGUCGUCGGCGUGAGCGAGAAACGAGCGUCGGUGUUGCGGGUGGCAGUGGUACGGUAGCUGAUUCCGGCACGCAACGACACGAACGGUCGCGGCGCACCGGUGGAAUGCCGGGUGACCGCGACAAGGAUAAACGAAAGGAUAAUGGACGCGAUCGGGAUCGUGACAGAGACCGGGAACGGGACCGGGAUCGCGAUCGCGAUUAUGACUAUCGCGAUCGUGAUCGUGAGCGAAACAGAUACGACCGCGAUCGUGAACGCUAUGGGCGCAGUAGUAAGUAUGAUCGCGAAAGUCGCUACGAAACCGAUGGUUCAAAGUACGAAACCGAACGAUCGACCCGAUACGAUAAAGAAGACAAACGAUACGGUGGUUCCACGCGCGACGAUUACUACCGAAAGCGAGAAGAGCGAGGACCGGCGGACGAUGCUCGUGGUGCCGGGGGACGAGACCGCGAUCGGGAUACGCUUGAAAGACGACAGAGAAAGGAAAAGGAACGCUCCGAGCGCUACCGGGGUGAUGAACGAAGGAAAGAUGAUCGCUACCGGGAAGGCGAGAAGCGCCGCGAUCGCCACGAUCGACGCUACGAUCCGGAAGAUUAUCGUACGGGUAGCAGAAAUGGAACCGAGCGCGAUCGCACUCGGGACAGCCGCGAAAAGGACGACCGAAAGGAGAAGGAUCGCAAGUACAUGAGCGCAGCCGGCGGAUAUGGUAUGGUAUCUUCCGGUGCUGCCGGUGCUUACGGUGCGUCAAGCGGGUACUACGAUCCGUACAGUUACUACGCCCAACAUCAGCAGUAUUACGAACAGCUGCGACGUACGAAUCCGCAAGCGUACGCCGAAUGGUACCGUACGUAUUACGCGCAAAUGCAGGCGAGCCAGCUGCAGCGCGACUUACUAACGACGGAUGGACGCGAGUCGGUUCACUCCGGUCGCAGCUCAGCAAACGACAAGGAACGGUUUAAUCGGACCACACCGUUUAUGCAUCCGCCCGGUGUGUACAAUCCCGAGGACUACCAUCGCCAUUUCAAUAAUCAAUCCUUACCGUCGGCUGCCGCGACGACCGGUCCGGCCGGUCCGAGUUCGCUGCUCGACCAAAGCUAUCUGACCGACGUGUCUGGUCAGCCGUCGUCACUGCCACCGAUGUUCCACCAUCAUGCGCAUGCCUUCCAGCAUCAAGCGCAACUACACCAGCAGCACCAUCGGGCAAACACAUCGCUGGCAAUGGACCGAACGUAUCAUAGCGAAGCGGGCGGAUACUUUCAACCAAGAAUCGAUCAAAUUGAUGCGUCUGCGAUUAAACCCGAGACCGGAGCAGAACUGACGAUGAUGGAACCAGAGCGCUUAACGCCGCGGAAGUUCCCCGAAAUACAUCCCAUCGUAAGCGUGUCCGCCGGUUUGCUAAUUUCGACCAAAAAUCGUUUGACUAUGAACGGAAUGGCGGAUACGGUUAAAAUAUAUAGUCUAGGAUAUAACGAUGCUAGCAGAAAACUGUUUCAAACUUACCCGGGACCGCUGGUUAAGGGAGUGACUCAUAAAAAGUCAGUCAUCGAAUUCUGCGAGGAACAGCUUCGUCAAGGGCCUCCUUACAGUGGCGCAUUGGCAUUGAUUAAAUCACGCGGCAAUUCGAUCAACAGUCUUCAUUCGUCUUCACUAGCCGCUGGCGUUAACCGUAGCUCCUUUGCGCUGCUGUGGAAUUACAUCAUUCUACUACUAAGACAAAAUGGCACAUUUGUCGGGACAGAUAUCUCGGAGCUGUUGAUGCGAAACAAGGAGGAGUAUCCGUUUGAGUCGAUUCAGCCUAAUGUAACACGUUCUGCUAAUAUAAGUGGACGCAACUCGUCCCUAUCCCAGGCUGCUGCAGAACGGGAAGCGGAUGCCCGACAGGAAGGGGACAGUGAAGAGGCGGGGGAUGCUGCUCAGGAUGGGGAAGGUGCACAGGAAGCGCUGAAAGAUUCACUUGCAGAAGUUGCACCAAAAUCACUGUCGGAGCUAGAGAUCACGGACAAGUUCCGCAGCUAUCUGCUCUACGGAAACAUUAGUGAAGCCCUCGAGUGGGCUACAGAGCAUAAUCUCUGGGGACACGCACUAUUCCUCGCUUCGAAGGUAGACUCGCGGCAGCAUGCAAACGUGAUGAUGAAGUUUGCCAAUAAGCUAACGUUAAACGAUCCGCUCCAAACGUUGUACCAACUGUUGAGUGGGAGAACUCCAGCGUCUGUAACGAGUGUUUUGGAUGAAAAGUGGGGUGACUGGCGACCGCAUUUGGCGAUGCUGAUGUCAAACAGUUCCGCCAAACCGGAACUGAUCAAGAAGUCGAUCACAACGCUUGGCGAUACGCUGCUACAUCGAGGCGACCUGUAUGCUGCACACUUUUGCUACCUCUUGUCCGAUGUGGCCUUUGGUCGAUUUGCCGACGUUAAGCAGGAUGCCGCUGUUGGUAACAAUGGUACCGUCCGGUUGGUGUUACUUGGUGCUGCUCAUCACAAUCGUAGUUUCCGCGAGGUGUCUACCAACGAAUCGAUUAUGAUGACAGAAAUUUACGAGUAUGCGCGAUCCCUGAACGAAGAUCGUUAUUCAAUUGCGGAAUUGCAGCGCUAUAAAUAUCUGCUAGCUUGUCGUAUGCUUGACCAGGGCAUGCAACUAAAAUGUUUGCUGUACAUGGAACAAAUAGCGGACCAAAUACAGUACGAUCCGUACAGUUUCGAUACAGAUUUUGUGCGAAAGGUAUACACGCUUGGUGAUCGAUUGAAGUAUUACGAUCCGGUCAUGGAAAAGGCGCUGGAUGAAUCAGUAAACAACACCGGGCGGGGAAAUAUCUACGCGAACGUGGAAGAUCCACAAUGGUUGAAACGGUUAAACGAUAUACUCCUCAAUGGUUCGCCGAAUGGUGCCUCACAUUACAAUAACGUUAGCGAUGGUCAAGUGACGUAUGAUUACAACAGCUACGGUUAUGCUGCGGAUCAAACACAAGCUGACGGUACCGUGGCCAAAGAACGGCAGCUUUCCGUUCCGGAACCUCCGUACCCAUCGGAAUCGAACGACAUUAACAAGCAGUUUAACGAAAUUAGUCAGCAGCUUGGUCAGCUUAAUUUGCAGUACAGUGAUCAACGCCAAUCGGAGGAACAACAAUAUGCAUCGUCGCAGCCCAAUACCGCUCCGUACGAGUUGAAUCCUGCUAUACCGAAUUACGAUCAGGGUUACGAAUCGAUUAACCAACAAUCGCUGAUCGAUCCAUCGGUCGAACAAACGACCAAGCAGGACGAUUAUAGGCAGCAGCAAUUUCAACACAUCCACCAACAAGUGCAUAUGCAUCAGUUAAAUAGCUAUAUUGAACAGCAACAGCAGGAAUUACAGCAGCAGCAGAAUCAGCAGUCAGCCGGAACAAACUUUUUCACACCAGCUUCAGCGAACAAUGAAACAAUGCCGGCGCAAUACGAUACAGGAUACUGGGGCGCCGCUGGUAACAGUGAGCUACGAUCACAGGAAAAGGCGUGGCAACAACAGCAACAUCAAUUCCAACAGGAUGAGGAGGAACACGAUCUAGACGAGGAGGACGAUGAAGAGCAGAAGGAGUACGAUCGUAGUUCACUGUCGCCUUCACCGGCAAUCGAUGCGAUACGAGAGGAAGUCGCUGGGCGUGAUUGUGGUACAGCGUUCGAUUAUCACCGUACAUCACAACUGCAACGAGAUGCGUGCGUACCGAAACCGACGAUCUCAAUGCCAAAUUCUGUCUCGAAGCGGCCCGGUUUUGGCGAUGAUACCGACGACGAACGGACGGGUGGUCGUGGUGCGGGGCAGGCCGUGAUGUCGGGGAAUAUGGCACCCGGUGGUAAACCACAGCAAACGUCGAAUGUAGUCGCUCAAGCAAAAAAGAGUGGUCCCGCUGCUAAGGAUGGAAAAUCUGCUGCUGGGGCAGCACGUGGUAAUGCUCAAGGAUCUGGAUGGUUCGGUGGUAUAUGGAACAAGUUUUCACUCAAACCGAAAAAUCAGAUGAUACUGCCCGAUGAUAAAAAUCCAAAGAUUGUUUGGGAUGAAGUGACGAAACGUUGGGUAAAUACGGAUGAAAAUGAGGCGGAAACGGAAGCUUACAAACCACCGCCCAAGAUGGCCGAUCUCGUCCCUGCAGGUCCAGCUAUUUCGGGCGGUCCUUCACAAAUAAGUCCUCCGGGUGCUGCUGCAGGACCGUCUGUACCGCAUUCGCCAUUGCCAGAUUCUGGUUCCGCUUAUCAGCAACCAGUGUCCAACGCGAUGGGUGGAAACGAUGGUACUCAAAUCCUGCAAUCGAAUGUUGCGACUGUCAAUGCUGCUGGUCCGGUAGCCGAACCGACGAAAAUACCCACACUGCAGUCCAACAUGUACAAAAUGCAACGCAACCGAACCCUUAAGCGAUCCUACGUUGAUGUAUUCAAUCCAUCUGGUGCGGCCCCAAGCAAACCAACGGAACCGGUACUAGCACCGGCUGUUCCCACGUUGCCUAACGCUCAGGGAAGCUUUUUUGUCCCUGGAGCAGCUCCUAAUACGGACGGAGCAGAACAACAGUCGGAUCAAGCCCCUGAGGGAAUGCCACAGUUUUACAACCCUAAUCAAUUCGCUGCUGGACCCGCUGGUUAUCAGCAGUAA